UUCUCCUUGUCUCUCUCUCCCUCUCCUCUCCACCCUCUUAAGACUACCCCUUCCCCUCGUUCCCUCUUUUGUCAUUUACAGGCCGGCUCCCCUCUAAAAAAGGUCUCUCCAGAGUCAUGAGGCCUCUCUAUUCACCACCCCCCUCUGCCUGCUUCCACACUCUGGUCCUUCAGGAAAGGGCUGAUUGCCACGUCAGACACUGGAGGUCCCUGGCAGGUUUUUGCCUUCGGAGAAGUGGCAUGACUUGGAGCCAAGAAGAGCUAGUUUGGGUCUGGGGUGGCCCCAACUGUGUGACCUCAGACAGGCACCUUCUGACUUCUGUAAGUGUGUCUUGGGACAGUAUGGACCGGCAUAUUCCCAUACAUGCGUUGCCUGAAGAAAUCCAAAAGAUGUCUCGUGGUGAGACUGUCUGUAAAUACUGUGGAGUCAGCUAUCUGAUCCUUCAUGAAUUUAAACUUAUGGAGGAGAAGAUGAAAGCAAUGGAAGCAGACAUGAAAUUUUACCAAGGAAGUGUUGACCGGGAGAAGUCGCUCCAAGAAAAGCUACGGUCUCUUAACCAAGAUUUGAAGCAGUCCAAGGCUGAUGGUAAAGCCCAAACAGAAAGAAUUAGAGACUUAAGCACACAAUUAGAAAACCAACAAAAAAAAUUUCAAAGUGUGAAUGAAGAACUGAGAUGUUUUCAAGAUGAGCUAAAAGUCACACAUAGAUGGUCACAGCAGUACAGUAAGAAGCUGGAGCAGUGCCACAUGAUCCACAAGAAGACACUGACGCUGCUCGAGUUUUCUAAGAAGGAACUCGCGAGCAUUAAAAAUGAGGUCACUUAUACUUUCCAGAGCUGGCUUUCCCUGAGCGAGGAAAUGACGCUACAAACCCAACACAUUAGUGAAGGCAUGGUUUUGACAGAAAUGGCCAAUCUGAAUAAAAUGUUAACAGCAGUCCAGCGAGAUAAGGUGCGCCUGGAGGAAGAAGUGAAGAAUCUGAAGAUGGUAUCAGACACGGCUUUGUUGAAAUCACAACAGAUUCAGGUGAUAGGCCAGCAAGGAGCAGGCUUGCUAAACAGAUGCCAUGACCUUCAAAAGGAAGUACUAGAUUUACAAAGUCAAAUAGAGGCCGUGGUACUGAAGUUUCAGAAAGCAGCCAGUGAAGCUGACCAGUACAAAGAAAUGUUCAUGGCUAAAUCAGAUGAAGCUGAUGAGUAUCAGAGGAAAUAUAGAAAACUGAAGUUUGAAAGCAAAAUUUCUGAAACACGACAUGCUAGAGAGCUAAAAGAGAAGGAAGACUCUUUGCUGGCUUGUCAACAAAUGUGCAAACAUUUACAGGAAGAAGUGGCUGCAAAAGAAAGGCUAGAAGAAAACUUGAAAAGAAGAAUCAGCCUCUCAGAGAAUGAACUGGAAAUGACAAAAAUCCUUCUGAAUCAGGCAAAGGAAGAGGUUGUAACGCUGAAAAAUGAAAGGGAGUUAAUGCUGAUUUCGCAUCAGAAUAGACUUGAGCAGCUGCAGGAAAACUUCAGACAGAAGAUGCUGAGUGAUGAUAACUGGAGAGAGAAGCUUGAAUCUGAACUCAAUAAAGAGCGAAUCCAGCACCAAGCAGAGUGUCAGGAGCAAGCUCUUCAGCUGAAGGAAGAAGCGAAACUGGAACUUGCCAUUGAAAAGGAAAAGCACCAAGAAGUAAUAAAACAAUAUCAGAAAGAGCAAGAGAAGCUUCAGGAGAAGAUGACUGACUUAAUAACAAAUGCUACCAACGAUUUGAGGAUGGAAGUGGCCGCUCUAGAGAGGAAGCUCCAAGAAACUCAGAUGAAACUCACUGAAAAAACAGCAUCAAAAGAAGAGGAGAUCCAGAGCCUUAAGGUUUUGGUUGCAGAAUUUGAAUCCCGCCUGAGGAAGGGGAUGGACAACUGCAACACGAUUUCUGAGGAUUUGCGGAAGGAGGUGAAGCAGAAAUCAGAUGAAUUAGAAAAACUCACCCAGGAGCAGACUCAGCUCAGGCAGCAGCUUAAUCAGGCCCAGGAAGAGAACACCUUUCUUCAGGAAACAGUGCGGAGAGAGUGUGAAGAACGCUUCCAGCUGACCGAAGCUCUGAGCCAGGCCCGCGAACAGCUGCUGGAAGUCCAGAAACUCAAUGGGGGCUUCCCAUUAUCCCGCUGUUCGCUCAGUCAGGGCAACCCAGCCUCCCCGGCUGCUCCCGUGGUCAGCAACGGAGGCAAAAGCCUCGCCAGCACAGCCCCGGGAAAGCCAAUCAAAGUCCCCGUCCUGCACUGCUCCUCCAAGUCCCCUAACUCUCACAGCCCGCACAAGUCCCCACGUGGGAGCAGCGCCGGCUUCCUUAUCCCCAAACCUCCCAAGGGAAAGGCGGCUUCUGUCAGCGAAACCAGGCAGAGAAUAGCCGCGAUCCUGCAGAAGAGACUGAGUCAGCAGUAACCAGCCGAGAGGAGCUGGCCAUGUAGAAAGUUCCAUGUGGCAUCCCGAGGGGUCUCUUCAGUUGAGGCCGUUAAGGAGCUAGAGCGGUUUAGGCUUAAAUUUAAAUUCUCAAACAAUCUCGAGAGAUCAGCCCAAGAGAAUGGAAGGGACUUAGAAAUUGAGAGAGGGGAGGUAGUAUCUUUGUCUUUAUUAAAGACCAGAUUUUCAGAGAUUUAGGUUUGGGGGCAUUGAAAGGCAUGUUGCUUGAUUUAAAAAAAGAAAAAAAACCUAAUCAGUGGAUCAGUUUUCCAAGAGGCCAAGAGCUGAACUCCAAAGUUGCUCAGGAAAUGAAGUAGUGGGUAGCCCAACAGGCCGCUUGACAUAUGCAGGUCUGACCCAAAGAGGUACAGUUUUAGAGGUCACAGCAGAAAUUUUCCACCUAGAGAAUCUUUUCUGUUUCUUGUAAUACACAGAGACAGAUCUCUACUUCUAAACAAGAUAGUAGUGCUUUGUACUUUUUUUUUAUGUGACAUGUAUCAUAUUAAUGGAAUAUUCAUGGAGAGAAGGAAAGCACUUUAUCCUUAUAUAAAUACUUCCCAAGAAUUUUACUGAAAGUAUUUUCAGAGUUCUUGAUCCUUACUGUCCCAAUAUGUCACUGAUAUGCCUCAUAUCUGUGCCUUAAGCCCUUCGCUACAUGGGAAGCCGCCAUAGCCUAUACUGUUGUUGACCUUUAUGUGUUAAAGCUAAGUGAUAAAGGUAGGGAGCUAGGCAUCUGUGGGAGCCAGGUUGGCAGUCUGGGUAGAGCACUAACAUUAGAAAAUAAUGACCUUGAUUUGCACAGGCAAAACAUUUUUGAAGGUAGUUUUCAGUAAAUGUUAUUUUAUACUUCGUUGUUUACAUUUAAAUUUACAUUCUCAAACAUUCGCAAAAGAAGAUCAGCCCAAGAUAGUUGAAAGGACUUAGAAAGAGGUUGAGAGGAGGUAGUUGGUUGGUAUUUUUGUCUUUGGACUCCGAGUACUCCAUAUUUUCUAUUCUCAGACUGGAUUGGUAUUAACGAGACAAAUCGAACCAUUUUAGGUCUGCUUAAAUUCUACGUGUGCUUCAAGAUUCCCCCCCUUGUUACUCUUUCAUCUUUCUCUUCCUUUCUCCUUCGAUAAGAAUCUGUCUUCCCAAAUAAAGUUUCUCUUUAAAUCUUUCAUUAGCUACUGCAUCAGGAAGUUCUAGCCUUCAAGGCCCUAGGUUGGAAUGAUAUCAACAGAUGUGUAAUAAAUUGUCUGUAUGCUGUUAUACUUGCCUGUGAUAUGUGACAUUCUUAUUGAUGAGUAAAGGUGCCAUAAAUCCUAUCCAUGUACAAAAAUGAAGAAAUUGCUCAAACAGAUGAACACCAUUUCCAGUCUCUCAGAGUCUGAGGGACUUUCACUGACAGAGUCAUAGAACUUUUGAUAAUUCCCACAUGAGGUACAUGGAGCCCCCGAGAAGACAUUAUUCUUUUGUCCUUGAGUGCAACAAACAGGGAUACCAAAUGCUUCCAUAAUCCUGCCUUACAUAUCCUUGGCAUUCCAAGAAGAAAUGGUAUGAACAAUAUCAUCAUAUAAAGGGGUUCAAUUGCAAUGAAUUACAAGGAACUGUCCAAAUUUGUCAUACCAGAAUUCGUUUUGAGGAGGGUGGAAUGUAAUUUGAAAUGCUGGCCAUCGUCUAGGGCUUGGAAAUCUUUUGUUUGUUUGUUUGUUCUACAGAGUGGUUUUCAGUAUAAUGGCAUUUGACCUAAACUAAAAGAGCAAUAGAAUUUUAGAGCUGCCAGGAACCUCACAGAUUUUCUCAUCCACCCUGCUUUGGGCAGCAAGACUUA